AUGGCCUCCCAGACCAGCUCUCCCAUCUCCCACACUCGCCUCAAGCAGAUCGCGACCGACGCUUGCCAAUCUGCCAUUGGCAGCGCCGACUUCUACGACCACACCAAGGUCAAUGGCUGGAACUCGCUCAUCAUUAACAACAUCCUCAAGAAUGUCAUUACAGAGUCGACUCCAGCCGGUGCCGCACCCUCCCACAAGUACGUCGUCAACAGCACGAUUGUGCAACAUCUCGUGCCCACCUCGGCCCUCAACAAGCCCAAAGGCGGCAGCGAAGCCAAGGCCGACGAGCCGCACAUCACCACCAGCUCCGACGCCACAGCCACAGAUGGAAAGCCCCACGUAGGCCGCCGCGGCAUGCACUCGGCCACGCAGGCUUUCUGGGACCAGAAGAACGACGGGCUCUGGAGCUUCAAGUACGACGGUGGCGAGGCUAAGGGCAUGGACAUUGUCGUUACUGUCAUCUGGAUUGCUGUAUAA